AACCACUAGCGUAGUAUUUCCGAAACCGGCAGCGUCACUCCCUCACCUUGCCCCCUAUCUGUUGGCCACCAUUUUUAAAACAAAAACACCGCUCUCGUGUGUAGUGAUUUUAACUUUAUCAAUACGGUUUAAGGCAUAAUCUACUUUAAAGGAUGGGCGAACGAGGUGGACCAAUUGGGCGUGGAAGAGGCAUGAUCGGUCGUGGGGGCCCUGGAAGGGGUCGAGGAAUGGGUGACAGAGGAGCUAUGAGUAUGUCUUUUCAAUUCAACAGAGGGAUGCGUGGUGGUGGUAUGCGAGGUCGCGGUGGACCUCCAAACAGAGGCGGAGGUGCUCCCAGGCCAGAGGGAGCGCCCGCGGAGCCGCAGCAGACGAGCCCCCAGCAGGGUGAAGCUAUCCCCACGACCGGAGGACGUGGAGGAAUGGGAGCCCCUAGAGGGAUACCCACGCGAGGCAGCUACCCGCCGCGCGGCAUGAUGGGAGGAGGCAUGAGGGGGCGAGGAGGGCCAGGUCGCGGAAUGCGAGGCAUGGACCGUGGAGGCCGUGGUGGCGGCAUGAGAGGCCGUAUCGAUGGCUUCAUCCCCCGAGGCAGACCAGAGGGCGCCUUCAUCCCCAGAGGUGGCCGUGGCGGUGAGAUGAGAGGCCGAGGCGACUUUGUGCCCAGGGGUCGAGGAGCUCCUGGCGGUGGCUUCGACUCGCGGUCAGCGCCUCCCAGAGGUGGAAUGGGUGGAUACCAGAAACCUACCUGUCAGCAAGAUGAGAUAAAGCUGAAAUUCAUGCCAAGAGGUCGCGGUGGAUUUGACCGUGGUCGUGGUGGAGAUCGUGGAGCUCCACGAGGCAGAGGAUCCGGAAUGGGAUUCCAGCAGCGCAACUCUUCGUCAGGAGACCAAGCGCCGUACAGGCAGCAGCAGAACGACUAUCGAGGAGGAUAUCAACAACAGGGUGAGGGGCUGAAGAGGCCCCCAAUGGGCAUGUCUCAGCCUGGAUCUGCACCCAAGAGGGGCAGAUUUGAAGACCAACAGCAGGAUCCCUACCAGUCAGGGUAUUACAGACAGGGUCAGCAGGGCGGCUACGACAACUACCAGAGCCAAUCUGGUGGAAGCUACAGUAAUGGCAACACGGUUGACUACAGCUAUUCACAGAAUGAAAUGCCCCAGGCUGAUUAUAUGGCACCAGCCCAGAGCGCUCCUGCAUACGGAGCUGCUGACCCUUAUUCUUCUUAUCAAAUGCCAGCCCAGCAAACAGACCAACGGUGGGGCUCUGACCCGUACAACAGCGGUUCCGGCUACGGUGGCGCUUCCUCUGGAGGCUACGCUCAGUCGGCCGGUGCCUACAACGGGCGAAAUUACAACGCACCAGCCCCCGCUUAUGGAGGGAGCGCAGGAGGUGGUUACAGCCAAGGCCGCGACUAUGACAUGGAUCGCAGAUAUUGAGAGAGACUCUGAACUCGACCUUAAGUCUCGAUUUAGUGCACAAGUCACUAAAACCAUCUUUUUAUUUUAAUUUAAAAACCUGAUGAUGAUAUAUCACAACCGCGAGAACGCGACAUUUUAGUAGUAAAUCCAUCUCUCUAUUCUUAAGGAACAAGCUUAUGUGUAAUAAUAAUCUUAGCUUUAUUUUUAAUUCCACUCUUCGCAAUGUUGAGUUGGUUGAAAAUUAUUAUGAUCGUGUGUAGUCAAAGCAAAGUGAAAUAAAAAAUUGCAUCUCGUGUUGCAUCUUUAGAUCAGAAAAAAAUAAACCGUCAGAGUCUUGUCUUUAAAGCAGAAACACCUAACUCUUGCUAACUACGUCUAACGAAAAAAAGUUAUCCAUGAUUUCAAGUGUACAGUUAUUAAACUGACAAAAAUUCCUACAUCUUUUUGUAAUUUGAUUUUUGUUGAUCCCUUUCCUUUAUUUUUAUGGGAGGGAACAGCUUUUUGCACAGUCGUGGAAGGUGCAAAAAAUUAUUUGGCAUUUAAAUAAGAUAAUUAAACUGUUUAUAAAAUAAACAUGAAUUCGUGAUAAAAAAAUGAACCACACUCCUUGAGCCACAAUCGUUUGAAAAAUCGAAGAAAACAAUAUGCGGCGAGCUGACACAAAUUGCGUCAACUUUACAAUCAGGUAUCAGUUAUCAGGUAAAAACCAUUAAAUUUACUAAGUUCUGGAAAACAAAAAUCUCAUGCAUAGUAAAUUCCUCUUUAUAUAGGACUAAAUAUUUUCGCUGGCGACUUCAAUUUAAUGGCUACAUAGAUAAGGUGAUUGAGGAAUAAAAAUAAUCACAUUAAACCAUAGAAGUUAAAAAUGCAGAUUAACACGAUUCUUAGCGAAGUCGCCAGUAGUUUUGGAUCACAUUAGUCAAAUUUUCCUUGAUGUAGCACUUUAUCUCGCUAGUCAUUCCAUCCACUUGGACAGCCUGCAAAGUUUUCUGCAGCAGAAACAAAGGAAAUUCUCCAUUCGCUUCUGUCGCAAGGAUUUUUUAUUAACUUUGAAAUCAUUUUGGUGGAGUACUUUUCCAAUAAUUAAUUUUCCCUGUGGAAUUUUGGUAUAUAUUGUUGUUGUUGAAAUGAAUAAUCUUUCCAAUGCAAAGCAAAGGACAACUCGCCCUAUUCCCACGUAUAUCACGUGUGGAGCGACACCCAGUUGCAAGCGCAACUAAAUUGCGAAAAAUUGCGAAAGGAAUGGGCCACAAAUCAAAUGUGGCAGAAUUUCAUCACUUGUGUAAGUAUGCAAGCACCAAUAAAUAGCAAACACACAUGAAAAAAUGAGCGGUGAUCGAAUCCCGCGGAGGAUGAAUAUAAAUUUAUGAGAAACAAUGUUGAAUAACGCAAUAGCAUAGCAAAAAAUAUAGAUGCAAAGAGUCUUGGCGCAAUAGGCAAACUCACGCCGACACAUGAAUGUUUUUGGACCAGAAAAGUCUUUGCGAGAAACGACGAAGAAAAUGGACAGUAAAGUGAACCGACAAAGUAAAGUUGUUCACCAUUAUGAGAACUGACUUUCCACGAAAGGCAACUGAAAGUGAAUUGCGUGCGCCGCAAAAGGAAGAAGUUCGGUGAAAUAUAUGCUCUAAAGCGCAAAUGACUGCGACUGCUAUGAAAUCAAAUCAAAACCGGACGACUAAAACGAGAAAGGAAUUAAUACUGAAUGCAUGCGAAUACAGGGAAACGAGCCGUUGGCCAGACUCUUUGCCUUGAAAAAGCGUCUUUGCAAUUGCUGACUUAGGCAGCCAAAUGCGAUUGAAAAUGUAUCAAAUCGAUUUUUUGAUUAAUAAAGAAAGUGCCACCUUUGGUCGCAAAUGAAAGCAUGUAGUGGAUUAAGAUCGAUUUUUAAUGUUCUAAUACAAGUAUUUUCAAUUCUCAGGGUAUCAACAAUGAUGAACACCACCCUGAGGUGUGACCUUCCAGUGACACCUCCAGUGGUUGGUCAUCCAUCGAAUUCAAGACUGAACCGUAACGAAGAAGACUGAUGUUGUAAGAUCUCAUUUUUAACUUUUCAAAUAAUAAACUGUUAUGUUUACAAUGAA